ACUGCCAUCGAACAACAUCCUCUUCCGCCUGACGGUCGUUCGUCUCGUCUACGUCACUCCGAUGCACGCUUCCUCCCCGGAGGUGCUAUCCUCUCUUAUCCUGGGCAGGCGUGUGAAUCCUCGUCCCAAUUCUUCCCAAGCGUGCGGCUGAAAAGAGAUGAUACUCCACCUGUCCACGCACCUCCUUCGGUCCGUCUGGGGGUCAACCUUCGCCAAUGGUUUCAGCGUGGGGUGUUCGGCUGGUGCUCGCCUGCAGUGGCGGAUGCAGACCGUGGCAAUAUCCAGCCAGUCUUGGGCGAAGGCGAUCCAAACCGAGAUGACGAGGAAAAGCCACUCGACGAGGAAUUCGGGAUCCAAUAAGAACAGGGGUCGGUCUUGGGUAGUGAAGAGCAGGAAGAGGCCUUUUGUCACACCCCUGUCCUGAUCAGCCUUCGCUACACGCCAGCACCCUCUGUAGGGUCCAUCGCCUUUCAGUCCUUGGCCGGCCACAUGGUCCCUCGUCUGAUCCAUCGUAUAGCUCAAGCAUGCAGAUGCAGGGCUGGAUGCACACACUUUGAUCGUUCUGCGCACGCCGAGUCGGCCAGGUCCAAUGACCAAGGACGGUGUCCAAUUGUGUUGUAAGUCGUGUCGAAAGACCUCUCUUUGGUAAAAAGCAGUUAUAAUCAAGCAAUUCCUCUGUGUCCUGGAAUAACAUCCUCGAUCUUUUCGUCCCCGUCCAACCUCUUGGUUUAUGGCAUUCACCAUCGCUCCAUGGCGCCUCAUCCUCUCGAAAUGAGCCCCAAGCUCACGACAGCACCCACACCAGCGGCUCCCUCACCCCGACCUGAAAUGAAACCUCGCAGUGCAAGCGACGACUCACACUAUGCGAUCACACCGUCAAGAACGUUGUCUCCCACCAGCACCCUCUCGCCCUUGUCGACGGGGUCUUCGCCACCGCCAACGAGAGGCCACCGCACUUCUUUCUCCUUCCCGUUCCCCAGAUCCCGGUCCAAGUCCCCCCGCCCGCCCGCGAUAGACCUGCACAUUCCGCCCUCGACCUCGACCACCCCGGCGGUCCAGCACACCGCGACGUCGCCAACUCAGAGCCCUUCUUCGCACGCCCCCCACGCACGGACGACACCGCGGCACAUUUCCGACGGCACCGUCUCCCCGUCGUUGUUGGCGAUGGCGACGACGACGACGAGCAGCCCUCCAGGGUCUCCGCCGGGCUCCGACCUGCAGAAACGGGACAGCUGGCUCCAGAAGAAGGCGCGGCACAGCGGCAGCUCGCCCGGCGGGUAUGGCCGGCACGGCGACGACUGGCUCUUCGGCGGCAUCAGCCUCACCCAGACGGCCAAGGAGAUUGUGCACCGCGGCCGGAGGAGGAAAGAGGAGGACGGCGACGCGGCCGGGAAUCGUUGACCCCCUCCUCCCUCCCUGUCACGCCAACAACACGGAUCUUGGACGAGCAUCCUUUUGUCAUGACUGAAUGAGCGACCCGACCUAGCAACCUGACUUACCAUCCUCAACCAACCAUACUAACCAAUGGCUUGGUUAUUGGAACCCGAGCAAGGCGCCCCUGGAGUUUGUUUGUGCUUGUUACCUUUUUGGAGCCCCGUGGCCGACGCAUUGGAUGGGAAGACGGUCAUUGGGGCUUUGAGCAGGGGGAAUCUGCUGGGGAUAUUUUUCAUUCUUCUAUUCUCCGGCGAAAUGGCCAGUCAUGUCACAGUGGUGGUAGUGAAAUUCCUAUACAGUCUUUGGCAAGAGCCGACAUUACCAUCCUGCUGGAAGAUUCCCAGGAUGUUUGUCAACCAGCUUUUUCUUCUCAUAUAGCCAACGAUCUACAGUACCAUUGACGCCCUUUCCGUGGUCCACUGUCUCACCGUUU